AUGACCCAAUAUCCAAUGGAUGCGCACCAAAAGAGGAGGAGACAAAAGGGCGAGGGUGUGGGCAGACAGAAAACCUCUCUCACCUCUUCCCAGGUCUGCUUCCAGUGCCUUUGCUCCAACCAGUGGGGCACAAAGUCCCCAGGGCUGCUGCUUGCAGGAGUGAACAAGGCUGGGUAGAGGAUGCUGCUUCUGGGGUGCUUCCUUCUCUCUGGGACCCUGUUCUCAGACGCCGCCAAAAUCCUGACCGUGUCCACACUGGGUGGAAGCCAUUACCUCUUGGUGGCCCGGGUGUCCCAGAUUCUCCAAGAUCACGGCCAUAAUGUCACCAUGCUUCAUCAGGGAGGAAACUCUUUGAUGGCAGGUUUUAAAGAAGAGGAAAAAUCAUACAAAGUUACCAGUUGGAUUCCACCUCAAGAUCAUCAAAAGGAAUUUAACAAGUGCUUUGAUAACUUUAUGGAAGAAGCACUGCAUGGCAGAGGAACUUUCGAAAACUUGCUAAAAUUAAUGGAACAACUGGGGUUUCAGUGCAGUCAUUUGCUUAGCAGAAGGGAUAUCCUGGAGUCUCUGAGGAGUGAGAACUUCGACCUGGUAGUCGUGGAGAUCUUUGACUACUGUCCUCUUCUGGUGGCUGAGAAGCUUGGGAAGCCGUUUGUGUCUCUUCUAGCCUCCUCGUUUGGUGCCUUGGAUUUUGGGCUUCCAAGUCCGCUGUCUUAUGUGCCAGUGUUCAGUUCUUUGCUGACUGACCACAUGAACUUCUGGGGCCGGGUGAAGAAUUUCCUGACGUUUUUUGGUUUCUCCAUGAAGCAACGAAAAUUGCAGUCUAUGUUCGAUAACAGCAUCAAGGAGCAUUUCCAUGAAGGCUCCAGGCCAAUUCUGUCUCAUCUUUUAGAGAAAGCAGAGCUCUGGUUUGUAAACUCUGACUUUGCCUUUGAAUUUGCCCGGCCCCUGAAUCCCAACACUGUUUAUGUUGGAGGAUUAAUGGUGAAACCUAUUAAGCCAGUACCACAAGACUUGGAGAACUUCAUUGCUAAGUUUGGGGACUCAGGCUUCAUUCUUGUGGCCCUUGGGUCCAUGGUGAGCACCUAUGAGACCCAGGAAGUCCUUAAGGAGAUGAACAGUGCCUUUGCCCAGCUCUCACAAGGGGUAAUAUGGAAAUGUAAGCAUUCACAUUGGACCAAAGAUGUCAAGUGGGCUCCCAAUGUGAAAGUCAUGGAUUGGCUUCCUCAGAGUGACCUCCUAGCUCAUCCUAGCAUCCGUCUGUUUGUCACUCAUGGUGGGCAGAACAGCAUCAUGGAGGCCAUCCAGCAUGCUGUGCCCAUGGUGGGGAUUCCUCUCUUUGGAGACCAGCCUGAAAACAUUGUCAGAAUAGAAGCUAAAAAGCUUGGUGUGUCUAUUCAGUUGCAUAACCUCAAGGCAGAUACCUUGGCUUUUAUGAUGAAACAAGUCAUUGGAGACAAGAGGUACAAGGCUGCAGCUGUGGCUGCCAGUGUCAUCAGGCACUCCCACCCCCUGACGGCAUCCCAGAGGCUGGUGGGCUGGAUCGACCAUAUUCUCCAGACACACGGGGCAGCGCACCUCAAACCCUAUGCCUCCCAGCAGCAGUGGCAUGAGCACUACCUGCUUGACGUCUUCUUGUUCUUGCUGGGGUCCACUCUGGGCUCCGCUUGGCUUGCUGGCAAGCUGUUGAGCAUGGUGGCCAAGUGGCUGCGUGGGGCCAAGAAGCUGAAAGAGAUAUGAUGCCAGGUGCCAAGUUGGGGUGGAGGUUUCAGGCAGUUCCUGAUUCCUUGGAGGAACUAGCACAAAGUACCCCUUGUGUCUCCUCUUUUUCUCCACCUGCUGGUGAUCCUGCAACGGGCUCCUCACUUGUGUCUGCCUUGGUUUAGAAAACCUGUGCACAACACACAGGUUUCUUGACUUGAUUCUUGUGACUCAUCUCUCUAGACCCCCACCCAUCCUCACCCAGACACAGAAUUCACCAGCCACUUUGCCCUCUCCUCACUCUUCUCCAAGACAUAGUACUUGGAUAAUGUCAUCCUCCCUGUCACGAUGACGUCUCAUUCUCUGUCCUCUAUUUUUUUUAUCACUUUACAUAAAAAAAAUCAU